AUGUACUGGACAACAGACAGUGUUGUGGUGGCUGCCCUCGGUCGUCCCUUAGAUCUUGGGAUGUUGUAUGACUGCCGCAGUGACUCACUUUGUUCAGGUACCGUAUGCUUUUCCAGUUUAAAGACUUCAAAGUGUUGUGGAUGUAGUUAUUGUUUUGCUCAGUAUCAUUUUAUCUCCUUAGAUGUCAGUCUUUGGGAUGACAGUACAAUAGCCUUCAUGUUUCAGUCUCUACCUCGGCCUCUCACAGAGGUGAAGUGUAUUGAAGGAGACUCCCUUCAGGACAGAUUCAGGGCUCUGGAUGUGACCACUCCUCUCAGAGCCAGUGUCCUGUCUGGACUGGUGGAGGUUGGAGGUGCUGCUGGAUACCUGAACCAUCCUGUUCAGUCCACACUGCAGGACCGGGUCACUCUACAGUACAGAACCACUACCAGACUGGACAUGCUCAGUCACAGGGUGCUUCAGGAGGAGACAGUCAGAACACAACGAAAGGCAACUCAUGUGGUCAUGGCUGUUCUCUAUGGAGCUCAAGCAUUCUUUACCUUUGAUUACAAACACAUCAACGGACAACACAGUGGUGCAGGAGAGGCAGAUAUGCACAGUGUUGUGAAGAAGAUGAUCCCCACCUUCAGUGCGGAUCAGAUCUUUUCCAGCUUGAGUGACGAUGAAAAACCAAACAGUUUGUUGUAUCAGUGUACUCUCUACAGUGAUGUAGACCAUGUUAAUGGCUCCAUGACGUAUGACAGAGCUCUGCAAGUCUAUGAAACUUUCCCGAAGCACCUUGGACAGCAAGGAGAGAAAGCAGUGCCUCUGUAUGCAUGGCUCUAUCCUCUGAAGAAUCUGGACAAUUCAGUUAAAAUGCUAUUUUUCACCAAGGCAGAGGGUGUGCUGGACCAUCUGAGGCAGGCCACCAUGAGAUGCCAGGAGAUGAUGACAGACUUCACCAAUGGUUGUGUGAUGAAAUGGUUUCCUGAUCUGAAGUAUAAACUGUCUAGAUUAUCAGAGCUUCUGCAGAAGUACCAGUCUGAGUUUAAGAGAGAGGUGGCCAUGGCAGUAAAGACCAUGAGAGAGAGUGAAGGGGUGGAUGAAAACAGACUGAGAGACAUUCUCCAGAACCAUGACCAGUCACCGUUCUGUCUUCAGUCUAUACAGUUGUGGCUAAACAACAAGGCAGCGGAGGUGAGGGCUCUGAAUGUCUGUAAAACAAGAAACAUCCCCAUGAUGAAAUCUCAGGAAGAGCUGGACGGUGUCCUCAGAUCCUCAAAGGACAGGCUGCUGUGUUUCACUCUGACCUCCCUGGAGGAUGAAGAUCCAUUCCUCUCCACCAUGGAGCAGCACAAACACUCUGUUCCAAUGAACACCGUGAACCAGUCUGAUCUCACUGGACAGCAGCACAAACACUCUGUUCCAAUGAACACCGUGAACCAAUCUGAUCUCACUGGACAGCAGCACAAACACUCUGUUCCAAUGAACACCGUGAACCAAUCUGAUCUCACUGGACAGCAGCACAAACACUCUGUUCCAAUGAACACCAUGAACCAAUCUGAUCUCACUGGACAGCAGCACAAACACUCUGUUCCAAUGAACACCGUGAACCAGUCUGAUCUCACUGGACAGCAGCACAAACACUCUGUUCCAAUGAACACCGUGAACCAAUCUGAUCUCACUGGACAGCAGCACAAACACUCUGUUCCAAUGAACACCGUGAACCAAUCUGAUCUCACUGGACAGCAGCACAAACACUCUGUUCCAAUGAACACCGUGAACCAGUCUGAUCUCACUGGACAGCAGCACAAACACUCUGUACAAGAGAACACCGUGAACCAGUCUGAUCUCACUGGACAGCAGCACAAACACUCUGUUCCAAUGAACACCGUGAACCAAUCUGAUCUCACUGGACAGCAGCACAAACACUCUGUUCCAAUGAACACCGUGAACCAAUCUGAUCUCACUGGACAGCAGGAGACACAGCGACCAUUCAAACCUCCCGAUUUAACUCAGAAAAUACAGUCUGCCCUCCGCUUGUUCACCAAAUCCUAUGAAGACAGCGGAGAUGGAGAGAACAUCAAGUUCAUAGCAGCAGUUAUACAUGAUAUCAGUAUUCCUGGAUCCUCCAUUCGUCUGUAUCAACAAGGCAGUAUCAUCACCACCAACUUUCAGCUGGGAUUAAAACCUGAUCCAUUCCAGGUAGCAGAGAUAAAACAGAGCUGUGUCCUCCUGACGUUUCCACAGUCAACCAUCAGAAGACCUGAGAGGUACAUAGUAGAGUACAGAGUCAUGACUACUGGUGUUAGCAAGGUUAGCAAACGGCCAUGGAAUGUAGUAGACACCCUGGCUCCUGCAGAAACCUGUCUGGUGCCAGGUCUGAAACCGUUCACACUGUACCACAUCAGGUACUCUGUUAUAGAACACUCUGGUAUGAGUGACUUCAGCAAGGUCAUUGAGGUCAAGACCCUGAGAUCCCCACCUGAACAGCUGUAUGUGAGCCGGCUGCUGAACAAAACAAAGGAAACCGUCAAAGUGACUUGGUUCCAGCCAGAGUGUGAAGAUGGUGCCUCUGUACUCCACUACAAAGUAGACUAUAAAGAGACAGGACUGGAGGGCUGGUCUACCAUGGUAACAGAGGGACCUGAAUGUUACUGUGAUGUAACUCUGAACCUCAGUACCUGCUACAGAGUCAGAGUGUCAGCUGUCUAUGGAGAAGGAGACACCAGUGAAACCAGCAGAGAGACAGAUGUCCCAGUCAAUGUCUGGUCCAUAGACCUCUCAGAGAGAAAGGCCUCCCUCCUCCUAGAAGUGCUGAAACUCCAACCAGAGAAGAAACCAGUAGAGCUGAAGGGCUGGUCAGAUGAAGAGAGUGAAGUGAGGAGUUUCCUUCAGUGUCUGCACUACAUCUCACAGCUGAGCUGUGGUGAUGACAGGUUCUUCCAGACUGUGUGUGAAUCCAUCCCUGUGAGGUCCAGAGAGGAGGACCAGCAGUUGGCCUCUCUCCUCCAGGCCUUGGGCUCCACCCUGUCACUGGGAGGAGUGUUACCCAGGAAAACCUGCAGGUCUGUGGGGAGAGUCCUGGGUCUCUGUGCCUCCAGAGUGGACCUCACUCUCACCCCCAGCAAGAUCUCUCUCCAAGGAGCCGCACUUCUUUUGAGACAUGAGUCAAAGCUCCACAAGCUCAGGCUGAAUGUGGGUGUGGCAGUGAAACUGUCCAGACUGGUUAGGAGGACAGGGAGAGGUGCUACUCCACUGACUGUCCCAGAGCUCUCCCUGGACCUAAAGAGCAGCCAGCCACCAGAGAGAGUGUUAUCCAGGGCUCUGAGUAGUGUUGCGUCCCUGCUGAGACUCUGGAGGGUUCAGUGUCUGGACCUGACUGACUUCUGCAUCCAGGGUCACUCUCUCAUCACACUGCUGUGUCACCAGGGACCUCUCUCUCUCAGACUGAAUUCAGACACUCUGCAGCAGCUGACUGUAGUUGCAGGACAAGGACUUGUACUUGCAGGACAAGGACUUGACUCAGUGGUUCCUGGAGAAGGUUGGUGGAGAUCUGACCUCCUGCAGGCUGGACUGGGAAGUGCUUCUCUCUCUGCUGCAGCAUUCAACCCACAACAUCACUGUGGACCUCAGGAAGAACCGGCUCCUAGAGAAGAACAGCUCAGAUCUUCUCCCCUUUCUGGGAAGGGUUACUCUCAAGAGGUGGGUGAACUGUUUCUCUGAUCAGUCUUUCUAGAA